AAAACCGGCUUGUCUCCCUUCUGGAAAAAAUGGCUGUUCCAGUUCACCAGGAACAAACCUCGGCGUUUCGCGAAUAGCACGUUUCGAGAGGCGAAACCGUUCUGUGUGCAACAGCCACCGCACUUUCGUCACGCUGUGAGAUGUUACGAACGUAACCGCGGCGUUGCGUGUUUCUUUGUCGAAUCUGCGUGCGGUUCUGAGGUUUGCCACCUGCGAGCCGGCUAACGUGUUAGCCGAGCCACCUGUCACCCGGCGCUAACGAAUGGCUAACGAGUAGAAGCUCCGGACGAAAGGAGAACCGCCUUUCCUUUCGGGGGUCACUUUGAGCGGGGCUGUUUUAUUUAAACCGGGAACCCCCCGCGCCUAAAUGCCCGAGCAAGGCCCCAGGAUGAACGGCUUUUCUCUCGGUGAACUGUGCUGGCUGUUCUGCUGCCCGCCCUGCCCCAGCCGCAUCGCGGCCAAGCUAGCCUUCCUGCCGCCGGAGCCCACGUACUCGGUGCACACCGAUGCUAGCGGCGCGACGAGCUUGCACCUGACGGAGCGCGCCGACUGGCAGUACUCCCAGCGGGAGCUCGACGCCGUGGAGGUGUUCAGCACCCGGAGCGGCCGCGGCAACCGGGUCGGCUGCAUGUUCGUGCGCUGCGCGCCGAACAGCCGGUACACGCUGCUGUUCUCCCACGGCAACGCCGUGGACCUGGGCCAGAUGUGCAGCUUCUACAUCGGCCUCGGCUCCAGGAUCAACUGCAACGUGUUCUCCUACGACUACUCGGGCUACGGCGUGAGCAGCGGCAAGCCGUCCGAGAAGAACCUGUACGCGGACAUCGAGGCGGCCUGGCAGGUCUUGAGGAACAAGUACAGUGUAGCACCUGAGAACAUCAUCCUGUACGGUCAGAGCAUUGGCACAGUGCCCACCAUUGAUCUGGCUGCUCGCUAUGAAUGCGCCGCUGUCAUCCUACACUCACCGCUCAUGUCAGGGCUGCGGGUGGCCUUCCCUGAUACACGCAAGACCUACUGUUUCGAUGCCUUCCCCAGUAUUGACAAGGUGUCCAAGGUGGCGUCCCCAGUACUGGUGAUCCAUGGUACGGAGGACGAGGUCAUCGACUUCUCUCACGGCCUGGCCAUGUACGAGCGCUGCCCCCGUGCCGUUGAGCCCCUGUGGGUGGAGGGGGCUGGCCACAACGACAUCGAACUGUACGCCCAGUACCUGGAGAGACUCAAGCAGUUCAUCUCCUUCGAGCUCCCCACCUCCUGAGGGGGAGCGGAGCAAUCAGGCCCCAGGGUUCAUCUCAACACACUCCUCGUCCUCUCCUGGGCCUCCUCUGGUAGCAAAGGGCACGGGACCGGAGCAAACUCAUGGCGCUUUGCUCCCCUGUCCCUUGAGCUGUUUCAAGGUGGUUUCACAUGCUGGAAAGGAAGAGGAGGUGCUCUAAAAGUGUUGAGGUGCAGCUGAGCUCGAGACCAGUCCCCAGCAAAGGCGUGCAGCCUUGGCUUUAAUCCUAGUGUUUCUUAAACCUGGCUGUCUCACCUUCCUGUGGACCCAGUUUGCCGAUGAGCCCGGGCCUCAACAACAUUUGCACUCCCUGCUUAAUCUGGAUUCAUUUCCCACUCAAGCCCUCAUGUUCUUACUCGCCCCCUCUGCUUCUCCCUCGACCCCCUUGCUUUCCUUUUGACUGAGAGUCUUCGCAAUGACCGAGCUUGAUUUUUUUCUUUUUGUAUUCUUUUGUAACCAGGUGAAGAAGUAUCAAUUUUGCACCUUGAAAUACAAAUUUGAAGUUUUGUACUUUUUAUGUAUUUUUAAGUUUCCAUUCAGGGUUGAUUAAAGAGUUGCACUUUGAAUGUGCAGACAUUUUCAGGUAAUGUUUUUGUUUUUUUCCUGUCUUUUAAAGAUGUAUAUGUGGAUUUCUUUUUGUUAUCGACAUUCCAUGUUUUUUCAAUUAGAGUCGACCUGAGUGCAGCCCUGCACAUCUGGCAGUUGUUGUCCUGGUGCGUGCUGCGCUCGCAUACAGGGGAGAAGAUGGCACCAAACUUCAUUGAGAAAUAUAGCAAUUUACAACAUGCGUUGCUUAGUGGCACGCACGCACACACACACACACACACACACACACACACACACACACACACUACCUACCAAGUCCUUGAAUUUGGAGCAAACAAACAACACCGUCAGGACUUACUUCAGUGAAAUGAUAACAUUUAGAAUCUGCGCCUGUGUCACUAAGCAACGCAGCAAUGAAUAUCCCAGAUGUCGGGUGAUGUAGAAGCGAGCGCAGCAGGCGUCAGGUCAGUGCCGUCCGUUCACUGUCGAUCAUGUGUUGAUGAGACUUGACGGCUGCUUCCAACGGGAGCACACUGGACUUGCCGUGCUCGGUUUCUCUGCCCCGACUGAAGACAGUGAACUGUGAAUCCCCGCAUGCGUGUGAAGGUGUUCAUGGCGAACACGCUGCUGUUUUGUUUUUGUAUUUUUAAAAAUAAUGUAUCGGUCAUUUCACACGACAAGUUAAAAGCCUUAUGUUUUCUUACACAUUUCACCCAGACAUUCCUGGCUUCUCGUGCGACUGAUUACUGCUGCUAUUCAUCAGAGGGAUCGAUCGGUUGCUCGCGGGACAGCCAGACAGUGUGGCGGGAUACUGACUUUGACAGCAUGGUACUAAAACCAAAUUCAGCCUGACCAUCAUCAUCAUCCUCCUGUAAGCCACAUGUUCCUGGCUGCAAAAAAAACCAUGGACUACUGAGCCCUCGUGAUAGUUCGGAGUCGGAGCUCGGAUGAGAGCAAAGACAUCUGGGUGAAGCAUGACGGGGGGGACAUUACAACCCCCCAUAAAAGAAAAAAUAUAUAACACUAGUCAAUGAAGUUGAAAUCACACCAAAAAAAAUAAGUGAAAUGCUAAAAUGUUUCCAGAAGGAAGAUUGUGUUUGAAGGAUAUUUUGCGUGGCAACUGGUGACGAACGUUUGACUGAGCCGUUUAUUGCUGUGAAGUGGUUUGUCCAGUCGGGUGUUUAAUGUUUUCUGAUUCUAACUACUGUCGGGACGGGGUUCCGGAUACUGAGCCUGUCGUCGUCAUCCUCUCCUCUAGCGCCUCUUUUUUAAAGCAAACAAAACACUCUGGUUAUUGUUUUGAUACUGACAUUUUUUUUUUACAAAGGCUGUCCAGUCUAAAUGUUGAUAGAUUUACACUGUGUCUGGAGCCAGUUUGUACGAUAAUCCUCUGUGACUGUAAUACUUAAACAUCUCCUCUAUACAUAUUCGCCCCUUCGCACGGGGCAGUCUCGUCGAUUUUAACACUGGAUUCACGAUAUGCAAAUGAGAGCUAAUGUUAGUAGAAUCUGAUUUUGUUAUGGUAUGUAAAAUGAAAUUUAAAAACGUGAAAUAAGCCUUAAAUAUACCAUGAAACCGAUUGUUAUACAUGUGAUGGUUGUUGCAAAGAAGGCAGCAAAAUGGAUGUUUUAAUGCGUAUAAUGGAAUAAAGGGUGCAUGGAA